CUAUUUGUUGAUGGUUUCAUUAGAUAGUUAAUACGAGUACUUAUUUAAGGCUGUUACAAGUCUCUAUCUUUUUAACUACAAAAGCUCUCCCUUCAACUUCCCAAACUUCAAUUUCAGUUUCACCUCCAAACUCCUUCAAAGGAACUCAUCAAUGGAAAGAAGAAGCAUUUUUUGAAUAUUAAAUUUACCAUUUUGACCUCCAAUCAAGGAAUCAUGGUUGAGAAAAUUAAUGGAUGUACAUGUGGCAUUUCCAUUUUCUUCAAAGAUACUAGGUUAGCAUUAAAAUGGGAUGAGCUUGGUAUCGAAAUAGCAAAAAUUGCAUUACCAGCAGCACUUGCCUUGACAGCUGAUCCUAUUGCCUCUCUUGUUGACACUGCCUUCAUUGGUCAAAUUGGUGCAGUUGAACUCGCAGCCGUGGGAGUUUCUAUAGCAGUAUUCAACCAAGUAUCACGAAUCGCGAUAUUUCCACUAGUAAGUAUUACCACCUCUUUUGUGGCCGAGGAGGAUGCUGUCUCAAACUCGAGUCAAGAAAACAUGGAAAUGCAAGACCAUACUAUAAAGAGUGAAAACAAAAAGUUGCUCCAACAUGAAACCACAAAGUCUUCCGAGUCACCUGAUACCGAGUCGUGUGUCACGAGUUAUAAGAAGAAGCAGAUACCAUCGGCCUCUGCUGCUCUAAUAAUAGGUACCAUUUUGGGGUUUCUGCAAGCUGCAUUUCUUAUUCUUGGAGCAAAACCCGUGUUGGAUUUUAUGGGGAUCAAAUCUGACUCUCCAAUGUUGUAUCCUGCACAACAGUACUUAAAGUUAAGGUCGCUUGGUGCUCCAGCCGUUCUGCUUUCUCUGGCAAUGCAAGGAGUUUUCCGUGGAUUCAAAGACACGAAGACUCCUUUGUACGCCACUGUGGCAGGAGACUUGACAAAUAUCAUUUUGGACCCAAUAUUUAUAUUUGUCUUUGGGCUUGGGGUUAGUGGUGCAGCCAUUGCUCAUGUUUUGUCUCAGUACUUAAUUUCGGUCAUAUUAUUUUGGAGAUUAAUAGAAAAGAUCGAUCUUGUACCACCUAAUUCUAAGCAUCUUCAGUUUGGCCGAUUUCUCAAGAACGGUUUUCUGUUGUUAAUGAGAGUUAUGGCUGUAACAUUCUGUGUGACAUUGGCUGCAUCAAUGGCUGCAAGACAAGGGCCAACGACAAUGGCUGCGUUUCAAGUUUGUUUGCAAGUUUGGCUAGCAACUUCACUUUUAGCUGAUGGUUUGGCUGUAGCUGGACAGGCUAUACUAGCAAGUGCGUUUGCAAAAAUGGAUUACGAGAAGGUCACAGCAACUGCUUCAAGAGUUCUGCAGUUAAGUCUGGUUCUUGGUGUAGCACUGGCUGUUCUCUUAGGGACUGGGUUACAUUUUGGAGCAAGAUUGUUUAGCAAAGAUCAAGGUGUCCUCCAUCUAAUUAGCAUUGGCAUCCCGUUUGUUGCAGCAACUCAGCCAAUUAAUGCACUGGCCUUUGUUUUUGAUGGUGUUAACUUUGGAGCAUCUGAUUUUGCAUAUGCUGCAUAUUCUAUGGUUUUGGUUGCUAUAGUCAGCAUUCUAUCAUUAUUUGUCGCAUCUAGCCAUGGUUUUGUUGGGCUUUGGGUUGCGUUGACUCUUUACAUGAGUUUGAGAGCAUCUGCGGGAUUUUGGAGAAUAGGAACAAGAACAGGACCGUGGUGUUUUCUCAAUGCGACAACAUAGAAUUGCUAAAAGCAACAGGAAACUUUAUCUUACAUAGCGUAGUAGGUCUCGUAAAUAAGUCUGGAUUUCUUAAGUACCAUUUUCUUAGUAAAAUUCAUACAAAAGUGUAUACUAGUUGGUGUUCUUUGCUUUAUACUAUCCGAUCAUAUUUUAA